AUGCCCGUCAACGUAACAUUUUUCCUUUUUUUCUAUUCGAGGGGCUCACGAGCCGAUCCGGGGGCGCUGUGCACUUCGCCAGCAGCCCCAGCAGUGAUCUGCGUCUGCGGCUGCGUCGACGUUACAUCAUCGCACAUCAUCGCACCAGCUGCCGAGUAUAAUACUGAGCCUCCGCAACAGAGCCCGUCAACGGCGUCACUGGUCUUAACAGAGAGUCGAAAGCGGAAACGACAAACCACGACCGAGGACAACCACCGUAUGUUCGCCUCUUUCAGCCCAGAAUUAGCCGCCGACUGCGACUAUAUUAAUGCUAUUGCCGACAAGGUCACUACAAUCACAGAUGAAGACAGAGACCCGAAGCCGAUCAACAUCACCAAUCUAUAUCACAACCUGAUUGUCUGUAUCCAUAUUCUGAGGAAUAAAGAAACGAGUUAA